AUGAAAACGAGGAACUUCAAUCCAAAUAAUAAAAGAAGACAGCCAAAACCAGAAGUACUGACACCAAAUCAAGAUAAAGAUAAUAGGCAGGCUUCCUUGAAGCAACUAUUUACGGAGAAACCAUUGAUUUCCAUGUUAUUAGCUCCAUCGGGAUCCUCGGAUGCCUUACGAUUUAAGAGUACUCAAUUCAAUGCACUUGAUCAAUUAAGAUUUAAAUCCAACUUUGCAAUAAAUGCUCAAACCAACACUUGUUCAUCUGUUUUGAAAGAUUUAUAUUUAGAUCCUACUAACAACUUAAGAAUGAGUAUAUUAAGGAAAUAUAUUAUGGAGAAGGUGAAGCAGGAAAAGGAUGAAAAAAAUACCAAAACAAAUGAAAAUACACCCUUAAUUUCAAAAGAAAGUAAACAAGGAAUACAAAAAAUUAAAAGUGGCAAACAACCACAAAAAAGACAAAGGCGACAGGAACAACAAUCUGAUAUGAACAGUAAUAUGUUAAGACCAAUAGAUUUAAACCCUUUAAACAAUACUUGUAGUACUAUGAAUGUAAAAACAGAUAAACUUCGGAGUAAUCGUUAUAGUUAUCUAUCAUCUGCAUCCACGAAAUGCAACGACAAUGAUGAUGAUAUAUAUGAGUAUGAUUAUGAUGAUCUUUAUGAUAUUGAAGUGGUUAAAGAACAUAGAAAUAGUACUGUACUCAAACUUGAAAAUUUGGAAGAUGAAUUAUUAAAAGUUAAAGAACAAACGGAUUAUAUAAUAAGAUUAUUAGACAUGGAUCCAAUUUUACAGUCAAACAAUAUUAUUAUGGAAAAAUUAGAUAACCUCGAACAUAAGCAAGAUGAAUAUGAAAGAAAGUUUAUUGAAUCACAAUUUAAAAUAGUUCAAAACUCAAUUGAAAGUUGUGAAGAACUUCUAUCGAAAUUUCAAUUCGAGGAUGAUGAAGAAUAUUAUUAUGAUUGUGAAAGUAUUAGUUCCUUGAACGUAAACUCGGCAAAGACAAAACAUCGGAUUAAUCGCAUUUCUUCACAAGAUUUAGAUAAAUUAAUAGAAACAGAUAGCGAUGAACUUAGUGAUGUUAAUAGUGCUGGUGUUGAAAAAGUUGUUUCUAAUGAGGAACUUGCUACUGUAAAGAAUGAAACUCAAGUGGAGAAAGAAAUUGAUAGUAUAGAUUCAAUUGUCCAUGAUGUUGAACGAACUAAAUCAACCAAAAAUGGAAUACAAUUGCCAUCUACUUCUAUUACUCCCAACCCAAGGAGGAACAGCAAUAUUAAUAAUUUUCCAGUGACGAUAAAUAAUAAUAAAAAUAACAAUAAUUCAUAUUCAUAUUCAAAUUCAAAUAUACACAUCGAAAAUGGUAACGAUAAUUCACAUAAGAAUGGAUUCAAUUUAAAUAUUCAAAUAGUCUUUUAA